CACCCAAUCCCCCAAAUCCAAACCUCUCUCUCUCUCUCUCUCUCUCUCUCUCUCUCUCUCUCUCUAUAUAUAUAUAUAAAUGUAUGUAUUUACCAUUUAUAAACACCAAGCUCAAACCAAACCGAUCUCAAACCACACACACUAAUUCCGUAAUCAAAAUGCUUCAACUCUCUCCCCCGACCCUUCUUCGCUCCACUGCCGUGUCCUUGCCCCUCCUCCCCAAACCCUUGGGGCCGAGGCCGAUCCGAAGGGGCCGGGUGAUGGCGGCGGGGACGAUGUACGAGUUGCUGGCGGUGGAGGAGACGGCGGGGCCGGAGGAGAUCAAGGCGGCGUACCGGCGGGCGGCGCGGCGGUGGCACCCGGACGCGUGCCGGAGCGACGGGGACAGGGGAGCCUUCGCCGAGCGCUUCAUGCGCGCGCGCGAGGCCUACGAGGUGCUCUCCGACCCCGCGCUCCGCGAGGACUACGACCUCGCCCUCCGCGCCGGGGUCGCGCCCGAGAGCUGGGCCGCGGCCGUGGGCGGCGGCGUCGCCCUCCGCAGGAGGCGCGGGCGCAGCGGCGGCGGCGGAGGGUUUGGGGAUUGGGAGGCGCAGUUGGAGGGGCUCGGGAGAAGGGCGGCGACGGAGCGGGGAGGGGAGGAGACGUGGGGGAGCAGGGUCAGGAGGGCUCGCGAUCGCGAUCGAUCUCAGGCUCAGCCCUCUGAUUAAUCGCUACCCUUAUGAUUCUCUUUUUAUAUUAUUUUUAUUACUUGCGAUUAAUUUGGAUAUUUUUGAUGUAUUUAAUCUCUUUUCGACGGCUAGGAUGGAGGAAUAGUUGUUGGUGGUGGAUGUUUUAUUAUAUUCUGAUGGGUAGUGUACACUGUACAGAUUAUGUAGCUUCUAUGAUGUACAUAUGAACACACUUUAACUUAGUGAGGA